AUGGGCAUGACACUAUGGGAAGCACUCACUAUCCUCCCCGCCUUUGGUUAUAUCCUGGGCCGCGGCGUGUUGAUCGCGUUCUUUGCGCCACUGCGCAUGGGCCGGUCGAGGCAGAAGGCAUAUGCUGUUGCCGUGCAGCAAAAGCUGUUUCGGGUGGUUUUUAACACGUUGAGCGCUGGACAGCUUUACUGGCUGUUCGGUAAUACCGUCGAGACGUACAAGAAGCAUCAGAAGUCGUUAAAGAGGAAGGUUGAUGUCGAGGUCAUUCCAGGCUCAGGAAUCACUGGGGUGUGGUUUGGUGACAAGGAGAAGGCAAAGGUCUUGUUGGUGUACUAUCAUGGUGGAGGUUUCGCUAUGCCGGCCAUGCCUCAGCAUCCGCCAUUCCUGGAUCGGCUGGUGGAAUGGGGUCAGGGAGAUUUGGCUGUCUUCCUGCCGGCAUAUACGACUACAUCGCAGGGCGUGUAUCCCCAGGCGCUGGGCGAGGUGGUCGAGGCGACCAGGUUCGUCUUGGAGGGUGCUGGCCGAGACAAGGACGUGUUGAUUGCGGGUGAUAGUGCUGGUGGGCAGCUUGCUCUCGCCGUCCUUAGCCACGUUAGCGGCCACCCACACCCGAACAGCAACAUCGUCAAACCACUCGACCUCAACGGGAAGAAAUUCAAGGGCGUCUUCCUAAUGGCUCCUUGGGUCAGCAGCGACUACAAAAAGUUCCCCUCCAUGGUCGAACUAAGCCAGACCGAUGUCAUCGACUCAAACAUUGCAGACUACUGGUCUUCAAUCUGGAAGGCCGGCAAGCCCGACGACGAAUACAUUGUGCCCGAGAUCGCUCCCGCCACCUGGUGGAACGGCGUUUCCGAUGUCGUCGAGACCGAUAUCCUCGCGACUGCGGGUAAUGACGAGGCUUUGAGGGAUGCCAUCAUAAGCUGGGCUGGCAAGUUUGAGGAUGCGUUGGGCAAGCAGAAGUUCAGGUUGAUUGUGGGAUUUGGCGAGAGUCAUGAUGAGCCGCUCACGCCGAAGCCUGAGGCGGUUGUGAAUAAAGAUGUUGCUGGGCAGGAGAAGACGCAGGAGGGUGCGAUUAGGAAUUGGAUUCAGAGGCAGUGUAAGUAA